UCUGCUGUCCAAGCGCUUUGGUGCAGGGUCAGCGGCCGUCCUCAGCCAAUCCGGUGCAGCGGUCCGCCGAAGGCUGGCUCUAGACGGCGGUACGCGCACGGUAGUGUAGUACUGGCCGACUGCUGCUGCGGCUCUGACGCGUGUGCUUCUUGUUAAUCCUCUGUCUGCUUUGGUAACUGGAUGGAUCAGAGUUGACUCCUUGUUGACAUGGGACAAUUUGGAAACGGUUCUUUGAUAAGCCUGAGAAGAGGACUUCCCUUUGGCAUUGAGCCUUCCUCUGCAUGAUGUCCCCAUGCAUCCAAGGGCGGCCCCCGUGCCAAGCAGACUCGCUCGUGGAAGGAGGAGGCCAGGCUGUGAACGCAGGCCUCUUAGAGGAGAAGGAACGCAAGAAGACCGUUCGUCUCAGGAAGCUUCGUGCUCAGCCUUUCCCUUUCAGUUUGCAUGUCCCUCUGCACUGUGGAUUUGGAGCACUUAGCUUUCUUUAAUCAAAUACUUUCUAACCCCUGCAGUAGGCAUUUUCUGUCUGAGGUAUUGUGCUUUGCAUGACAGCAGCCCAAAUGUUGAGAGGGAAAAGUAAAGUUAAAGUCGGUUCUCUUUCAUAGCAACACAUAUUGUCUGACAUUCAGCCAGCUUAAACAUUUUUUUCCAAUUUCCCUGCCUUCCUGUUUUGUAUCAGAAAAGGCAGUUAGAAUGUUUCCCUGAACUCUUGAGAGUCCCAGGGCUGUGUAGCUCUUGAGUCCCUGCAGGAGGCUACUUAGAGGAGUGACUUUGCUCGAGGAUGCAGACGGGGGCCCCUGGACUUCCCGGGGCGUUGCAGUUUUUUCCUGCGUUUGGUUUUCAGGAAUUAUAUGAACGACAGCCUUCGCACUGACGUUUUCGUGAGAUUCCAGCCUGAAAGCAUCGCCUGCGCCUGCAUUUACUUGGCUGCCCGGACGCUGGAGAUCCCUUUGCCCAAUCGUCCCCAUUGGUUUCUUUUGUUUGGAGCAACUGAAGAAGAAAUCCAAGAAAUAUGCUUAAAAACCCUGCAGCUUUACACUCGGAAAAAGGUUGAUCUGACGCAUCUGGAAAGUGAGGUGGAGAAGCGGAAGCACGCCAUUGAGGAGGCAAAGGCGCAAGCCCGGGGCCUGUUGCCCGGCGGCCCCCAGGUCCUGGACGGCAACGCCGGCUUCUCGCCUGCCCCCAAGCCAGCAGAAUCUCCCAAGGAAGGGAAAGGGACCAAGGCUUCCCCACUCCCUGUGAAGAAUGCCAAGAGGAAAGUGGAGGGCGGGAAGCAAGCCCAGGCUGGCGGCCAAGUGAACGGCUUGCCGAAGGGGCGAGGGAGCCGGAGCCGGAGCCGAGAGCAGAGCUACUCGAGGUCCCCGUCGAGGUCUGCUUCCCCUAAGAGGAGGAAAAGCGACAGCGGCUCCACAUCCGGUGGCUCCAAGUCACAGAGCCGCUCGCGGAGCCGCAGUGACUCGCCUCCCAGACAGGCACCCCGUGGCGCGCCCUACAAAGGCUCCAAGGUGAGGAGCUACCGGAAGUCCAGGGACUGCAAGUGCCCCGCCCAGAAGCCACACCGGUCUCGGAGCUGCAGUUCCUCCCGCUCUCGGAGCCGCUCACGGGAGCGGGCAGACAGUUCUGGAAAAUAUAAGAAGAAAAGUCAUUACUAUAGAGAUCAGCGACGGGAGCGUUCACGGUCUUAUGAGCGCACGGGCCAUCGCUACGAGCGGGACCAUCCUGGGCACAGCAGGCAUCGGAGGUGAGGUGCGGGGUCCCGGAGGGCUGCCCUUCCACCCUUGGCGUGUACACCUCAGCGUGACCGGCCCUGCAGAUCGACCCUUGGUAAAUGGUUGUGGACUCUGGACCUUGUGGUGAACUGGGAGAUGGGAGCAACGGGCCCACAGGCCGGCGGGUAUGGUGCACGCCCGCCCCAGCGCACUCCCGCCCCGGUGGAGCAGGUGUGCACAUGCUGCUGGUGUGGGUCGGUGCUAAUGACAGGCUGUCUUUACUCCCGGACCGUUACGCAAUGACGUCAAACCGAAAAGAUGACUUUGGAACCUUUUGCCUAUAUUAGGUGGUACUUAUGUACAUAUUUUGCAGUGUUUCACAAUGAGAAAAUGGCCUUAAUAGCCCCUUAUUCUCUAUCUAUGUUGUAAAUAAAUGUGUUUAAUACAAGUUUAAAGCUGUAUAUGAAAACUCAGAACUUGAAUUCUGUCAGCUUAAAACUUGAGAAUUCUGAUUUUUAAAUGUGAAGGUAUUUAGAUCUGUGUUGAGAGUCGUAUAUUUUUAUCUGUGCGAUGCUGAGUGCAGGCCACCAGCUCCUAGAGGUUUCCUAUAUGCAUUUUAUGUGGUUAAAUAAACACAAUUCUCUACUCAGGAUAUCUGAACAUUGAAAA